GUCUCGAUCUGAUUUGUGUCAUCUGCUCUCCUGUCUGUCUGUUCAUUUCCUCCACUGGUUCUUCAUUACUUGUGUGAUGGAUCUCAGGAUUGUUGUGACCAUCUCCACACUUUUACUCAUGACCACUGAAUCAGACCCAAACAUCACAGCGAUCACAACUCCAGCCAACAACACCACUGAUAGCAGCAGCAGCAGCCCUUGUUCCUGCCCCACUACUGCUCCAAAAACCACUGCUACCCCCACCACCAGCAGUUCUGUACCUGCCCUGGGCCUAAUCACAAUUAAGUGGACAGGGAAAUGUAAAGGGGAAGUCCUCCUGAUCCCCAGUCAUACCUCAACACCAGUCUGCUACGAUGACAAGACAAAAGUCCAGAGUCUUUUGGGAAAUGUGUGUAAGAACAAGAAAGAUUGUGAAGACCCCCUGAAAUGGGUGAACGGCAAUUCUCACUUAACUGAAGGUAUAAGAAAGGAGGAUCGCGAUUGUCAAACACUGAGGGUCGAAUGCACAGUUGGCCCAGAUGUACAGGGGCAGCUGCAGGGCUACAAAGUGGUGACAGCUUUGCUCUGCUGUGUGCUGUUGGUCCUUUUACUGAUGCGCUUCACCAGACCCACUGUCAAAGCCCUGCAGAAGAGAUUAUCAGACAGGAGGCAGAAUCGCUGGGUUGGCCCAACACAGAGUCACAGCGUGUCUUACCACCGAGGGAAAACUGUAGUGAAAAACAAUGAUGGAGAGAAGAGACUGUCCUACCCUGCUCUGGAGCGUCUGACGGUCAGUGACAGCAGGGAGCCCUCAUCCAACAGGAACAGUGGCUACAACCUCUGACACACCUUCUCCUCCUCCAUCACCACCAUCAUCAUCCUAUGCUUGCGAGCUGAACAAGUUUUAAUAAGUGAUUCUAGAGUGUUUAUGGAUUGUAACUAAAUACAGGAAUAUCACUUCUAUUUUAAAGAGGAAUUACUCACCACAUUUUCCAAAAUCAUGUAAAAGUAAUAAUUGAUCUCCGGAUACACCUACAUUAACUGUAUAAUGUUCAAAGUUCUAUCAUGACUAAUAGUCAGUACUUAAACAAUCAAAGGGUAGAGUCCAAACUUACCUAAACUUCAGCCAUCCUUUCAUGUUAUCUUAAAUGUGUAUAAAGGAGACAGAGAAAAUAUGUUAGAACAAGUAUACUGUAAAUCACUGACUUGUGUUCAUAUGGUCUGGUAGCAGCAGUUGCAUUGGCUAACAAGCACUGAGUGCAUCGUCUGCACUGGAAAUGGGGUUUCCAGUUAAUAGCUCUGCCCAGGUAUUUCUUGGACAUAUAUGUGACUAGCUCUUUUAUUAACAAGCUACACCAUAUAAAAACAGGCAGCUUUGGAGUUGUUAGAAGGCAUUUUUUCACUUUUAGCUACUAGCAGUUUCCCUCCUCUUCCAGUCUUGGUUCUAACUUGGCAAAAGACCUUCAGGAUCUCUCUCCCUUACUUGAUAAUAACAUGAGAACUGACCAGCAAGAGGAUUUCAAGAGAAAUUUCCCAAAAUGUCUGAAUCCUUCAAUCACAAAUAAAAA